AUGCACAGGCAGCCUACCACCACCGAGGAGAGUUAUGGCAGCCUGGUGAUGUCAAAAAUGGGGCAAAUGAGUGAGGAGCAGCGCCUCCUAUUUGAGCCCCUCCUCAUAAGCCUGCUCAAUAAGAGGGUGAGGGGCGUAAUCACUGAGGACACAGUGAUUUGGACCCCCACCCAUCCUCACCCACCAUCUAAUUAUCCUCCUCCUCCUGCUCCUGAAAAUCUUCAGACUUCUUCUUCUCCUCCUGAUCCUCUUCUAACUUUUCAAACUCCUUCUCCUCAUCCUCCUGCUCAGGAAACUUCUGAAACUCAUCAGACUUCUUCUUCUCCUCCUGAUCCUCUUCAAAAUUUUACAACUCCUUCUCCUCAUCCUCCUCCUGCUCAGGAAACUUCUGAAACUCAUCAGACUUCUUCUUCUCCUCCUGAUCCUCUUCAAAAUUGUACAACUCCUUCUCCUCAUCCUCCUCCUGCUCAGGAAACUUCUGAAACUCAUCAGACUUCUUCUUCUCCUCCUGAUCCUCUUCAAAAUUUUACAACUCCUUCUCCUCAUCCUCCUCCUGCUCAGGAAACUUCUGAAACUCAUCAGACUUCUGCUUCUCCUCCUGAUCCUCUUCAAAAUUUUACAACUCCUUCUCCUCAUCCUCCUCCUGCUCAGGAAACUUCUGAAACUCAUCAGACUUCUUCUUCUCCUCCUGAUCCUCUUCAAAAUUUUACAACUCCUUCUCCUCAUCCUCCUCCUGCUCAGGAAACCUCUGAAACUCAUCAGACUUCUUCUUCUGCUCCUGAUCCUCUUCAAAAUUUUACAACUCCUUCUCCUCAUCCUCCUCCUGCUCAGGAAACUUCUGAAACUCCUAAUUCUUCUCCUUCUCCUCCUGCUCCUGAAACUUUUCUUCCUCCACCUCAUACACCUUCUCCUCCUCCUGGCACGAGUACUACUCCACUGGCACCGCCUCCAGCCAAGCAGAGAAGGAAGGCUGCAGAGAAGGCUGCAGUGAAGAAGGCUGUCCGGAAGACCAAGAAGUGA